UAGGUCAUGAAACAAAGUUCUGGUUGGAUACCUGGGUUGAAGAGAAGCCGCUCAUUGAUUUCAUCCAGGACAUGGGAGAGUCCCAUAACAUGCAUGUAUCUGUUGCCGAUUUGUGGGACGAAACGAGCGGGUGGAAAUGGAACAACUUACCCAUUCUACCGGCUAAUAUCAUCUCCCGCUUGCACUCAAUGGUGUUGGACACACAAUCAAGGAUGCCAGAUGAAGUGUAUUGGAAUCAAGAACCUUCAGGUCUCGAACAAGGUUAAAAUUCGGUUAUGGACAAUGAGCCACGAUAUAAAGUGUUGGGAUACGCUGAGCGGAAAAGGAGAGGCCUCACGGUCGAUGGAAAUUGCCUUGUGUGUAGCGGCCAAGAAGAGACAACUGAGCACAUCUUCAAGACCUGCACCAAGGCUACACAUGUCUGGAACAACAUGGGAGGUAAUGUGGAUACAAACAUAUGGUGGUGGCAUCAAGAAUUGGAUCCACGCAAAUCUUUUGCAAAAGAGAAACAACAACAUCGAUGGUGACUGGGGCAUCAUUUUUGCCACUGCUUGCUUGUGGAUCUGGCGGUGGAGAAAUGCUAUGACGUUUGGCAGGGAGGAGCUUGACGAUAGACGAAAGCCAUGUUGGAUCAAAGAGGCGGUCAAAGAAACCAACACAGCUUUUGCAAGGCAACAAAUGGUGAGCAAUUUUACUAAUUAUUACUGAUCACCCGCUUAAGUGGAGGAUGGCUCAGAAUUGUGAAUGGACCCUUAACGUUGACGGGAGUUGCAAAUCACUUAUCAACAAAGCAGGCAUCGGCAGAAUCCUCCAAAACAGAAGAGGUGAGUGGAAAGGGGGAUUUACGGAUAAUGCUAGUUCAAAUUGUGCGACGUCAGUGGAAGUCAUGGCAAUUGCUAGAGGCAUUGAGUGGGCUUGGGAAAAGGGUGUUAAGGAACUUCAGGUUCAGACAGACGCAAGUGAAGUUAUAAAGUGGAUGGCCGACUACACUUCUCUUAGGGCCCCUAAUCGCGAUAUCAUUGAUGAGAUAAAGCAUAACUGGCAAAGAAAGUUUACAAGGCUUGAGUUCAAAAACAUCUUUCGAGAGCAAAACUUUGCGACUGAUCGCCUUGCUACAAUUGGAACCUUUCCGGAGGCAAAUUGGAUAGACCACGAGGACCCUCCGCCUGAGAUGGAUGACAUCAUUGCUGAUGACAUGAUGGGUGCUACCAGAGUUCGUAGAGUGCACAUGAGUUAGUUUGGGGUCUCCCCUCCUUUUUGAUCAAAAAAAAAUAUUAAUGCAAAAGAUACCUCUUUACUCCUCGAGUGCAGGAAGAAAUACUUUAUUUUUUAGUAUUUUAGAUGUGGUAAAAAUAUUUUAUGCGAUGUGUAAAAAAUGGACGUAAAUUUGAUUUAUCAAAUUUUUAUAACAUUUAUAUAUUUAAACUAUAUUAGGCUCCGUUUGGUACACAGAAAUUCAAACUAUGGAAUUGGAGUUGGGGACAACAAUUUCAAUUCUACUGUUAGGUAGGACAAAAAUAUAUGAAUUUGAAAGUGAUAGCGCCAAAAAUGAACUAGAAUUGGAUAA